ACGUCACCGGUGCAGGCAGAACAUCCCAGAAGUCGUCGCCGGAUAACGAUGGUUUCAAGAGGCAUAGCAUGUGUUGACUGCACCAUCAAAUGCGAGAGAUCUCACGGGAAGCAGCCAACACUUAUCGACCGCUUCUUUAAAAUCAUGUUCGGCAAAGACUGCUCACAAUUUCUGUGCUUGCCUCCGGGAUCUGCAAAAAUAAUGAAGCACUUGACUAAUCAGGAAACACAAAUUGUGGAUGUAAAUGGGCAGAAAUGGUCUGUAACACUUUCCCUUGUCAAAGGCUCCCUUGCAUUUAAAAGGGGUUGGCAAAAGUUUUUUCAAGACCACGGUCUCAAAGCAGGAGAGUUCUUGGUAUUUGAGUACUAUGGGGAAAGUGAUUUUAUUGUUCAAAUCUAUGGAAAAAGCGCCCGUGAGAGAACAAACUUCAGUUAUAACAUGGCUCGCCAGGGCAAAAAACGUGGAAGAGACCCUGGAACAGCUUCAGAAGAUGAAUCAUGUGGGAUAGUUGGUGUAAAUUCAAGCGAUGAAUUAAUCUCGAUCACUGGAGAUGAAUUUCAAAACCGUAAAACCAUGCAUGUGGUUAAAAGUGCUGGCUUGGGGGUUUCAGAACUUCUUCCGAUACCUGUGGACAUUGAGGAUCCAAUUUGUAUAAUCAACAAUAGUGAUUGGUAUCACGAAGAACAUAGGAAUUCCUUAUAUGACUUAAGCUUUGAGAUGGAAUACAAAACAUCAGAUGCAAAGGAAUGUGAGAGAGCUGUAAUCACAAUGUUAGACCCUCAUACUGAAACUGAACAGCAUGAUGCCAACUUAGAUAAUGCAUCAGGCCCAAAAUUAUCCCUUUCUUAUAAUCAGGUUCUGGAACUGACCAACCCAGCUCAAGCGGAGCAGACUAAGACAUAUGCAGAGAAUGCUGAAGUGGCUGUGAACAAGGAAACUCUUAUCACAAGUAACAGUGCUGAACUUUCUAGUGACAAGUUGGUGAAAGCUUUGCAUGUGAAAACAGCCCUUUCUCAUACAGUAAAUGGAAAUGAGAUUAAAGAGAAUGUGGAUGACACUCAAAUGGCUCCGCAUUCACAUCAAGAGGGUGGCCAGUCUGGUGGUGAUUUCAAGAACAAGUUUUAUGAGAAAACUUCUGAUAACAGAAAAAUGAAGAAGGGCGAGUUGGAUAAUGUUUGCAGUUUCCAAGAUGUGAUACCUGUUGCACUAGACAAAGCACAACCCAUAAGCAAAUCUCCUUUCAUAAAGAUUGCAAAAAGGGAACAUGCUUCCGUCUCCACUUCAACUGUCAAAAAUCCAUUAGGACUACAUGCUACUACUAUUACGAAAGGUAUCAAGAUGGAGGACAAAGACAAUGUGUUUCCUCAAUUACCAAGUGGUGGAAAGGAGCCACCAAUGACAUGGAACGAACCCCAGAUGAUUUCUCCACUAGUAGUAAAAACUGAACCUGAUCUGCCAUAUGAAACAGACCAAUUGGAUACUACCAAUCCCUUUUUACCUCCAUUUUCAGCUGAAAUAGAGAGCAAACUAUACCUGAUGAUGGUGAAAGAUGUGUAUAUUGGGCUUAUCAUAUUUCUUAAAUUGCAACCUCUAAAAAGCAUUUAUGAUCCUUGA